AUGAAGCUCAUCCUGCUUGUGGGUUUGAUCGCUGCCACCCUUGCCCUCGCUCCUGUCCGCUUUGACAGGGAGAAGGUGUUCCGUGUGAAGCCCCAGGAUGAAAAACAAGCAAACAUCAUAAAGGACUUGGCCAAAACCAACCAGCUUGACUUCUGGUAUCCAGAUGCCACCCACCACGUAGCUGCUAACAUAACGGUGGAUUUCCGAGUUAGUGAAAAGGAAUCCCACAUCAUCCAGUCUGCCUUGGAUCAAAAUCAAAUGCACUAUGAAAUUCUGAUUCACGAUCUGCAAGAAGAGAUCGAGAAACAGUUUGAUGUUGAAGAUAGACCAGGCCAUCACAGCUAUGCAAAAUACAAUAACUGGGACAAGAUUGUUGCUUGGACUGAAAAAAUGGUGAAUAAGCACCCUAAAAUGGUUUCUCGUCUUAAAAUUGGAACUACUGUUGAAGAUAAUCCACUAUAUGUUCUCAAGGUUGGGAAAAAGGAUGAAAGAAAGAAGGCUAUCUUUAUGGACUGUGGCAUUCAUGCACGAGAAUGGAUCUCCCCAGCAUUCUGCCAGUGGUUUGUCUAUCAGGCAACCAAAACUUAUGGGAAACACAAAAUUAUGACCAAACUCCUGGACCGAAUGAAUUUUUAUGUUCUUCCUGUGUUCAACGUUGAUGGAUAUAUUUGGUCAUGGACACAGAACCGUUUGUGGAGGAAAAACCGUUCCAAGAACCAAAACUCCAGAUGUAUCGGCACUGACCUCAACAGGAAUUUUAAUGCCUCAUGGAGCUCACUGCCUGACACCGAUGACCCAUGCUCUGACACCUAUCGGGGACACACACCAGAGUCCGAGAGAGAGACGAAAGCGGUCACUGACUUCAUUCGAAGCCACCUGGAAUCAAUCAAGGCCUACAUCACCUUCCACUCCUAUUCCCAGAUGCUAUUGUUUCCCUAUGGAUACACUUCAAAACCGGCACCUAACCACAAGGAUCUGAGCAAAGUUGCCAAGAUUGGCACAGAUGUUCUGUCAACUCGAUAUGAAACCCGCUACAUCUACGGCCCAAUAGCAUCAACAAUUUACCCGACAUCAGGUUCUUCUUUAGACUGGGCUUACGAUCUGGGCAUCAAACACACAUUUGCCUUUGAACUCCGAGAUAAAGGCAAAUUUUGUUUUCUCCUUCCAGAGUCUCGGAUAAAGUCAACCUGUAAAGAGACCAUGCUAGCUGUCCAAUUUAUCGCCAAGUAUAUCCUCAAGCAUGCAUCAUAAAGAACUGUCUUCAGUUUAGAAUAAGUCAGUUAAUUAUUUUCUGUGUGUGCCUUUCACCAGAAUGUUAAUCUUCAAUUAUUCUUAGAUACAGCAUCCACAUCAUCUGAAGAUGUCCUUCUCUUGCUCACUUAAGUUCUAUGUUAUUUCCAUUUGCUUUUACUUAUAUUUAGUAGCAACGAGCAAAGUAAUUUUAAGUGAAAGCUUUUAACUACUUUUCCUUGCUUCAAGUAAAGUUUGGAUGCAGCAGAAAGUACUAUUUUGAGUAUUUUGAAAGGUGAUGAACAGUGGGACACAAGAAAAAAAUGAGAACCUUCAGUUUUCUCCAGAAUCAGAUUUUCACCAUAUGGCUUCCUCAAUUCAUGUGCUAAUAUAAUAAAAAUAAAAUGCACUCCAAAGCUUUAACAAUGCAUCUUCUGUUUUUAACAAACCAUAUCCUUUACAUUUUUCUAUUAGCAUUAAUAAUCAAGUAUUUAAUGUCUCUC